AGCCCUCUCUGCCAUCGGAGGAGGAAACACACGCGCGCGCACACACGCACGCUCCAGACCUCACUCGCAAGCCCUCCACGAGCACACACCACCAGACUUCGGUUCCCUAUGCCCCUGAACGGGGACGGCGGAUUGGCAUCUUGGAAGCGAUGCAAGAGCGAUAAGGCUGGCGCGGGCCCGCGGAAGCUGCAGGAGCAUCGUUAGGUGUUGCCGCUACUAGAAAGCCGGGCUGCAGGAUGAGUAAGAGAUACUUACAGAAAGCAACAAAAGGAAAACUGCUAAUAAUAAUAUUUAUUGUAACCUUGUGGGGAAAAGUUGUAUCCAGUGCAAACCAUCAUAAAGCUCACCAUGUCAAAACGGGCACUUGUGAGGUGGUGGCGCUCCACAGAUGCUGUAACAAGAACAAGAUAGAAGAACGGUCACAAACGGUCAAGUGCUCCUGCUUCCCCGGGCAGGUGGCAGGCACCACGAGAGCUGCUCCAUCUUGCGUGGAUGCUUCCAUAGUGGAACAGAAAUGGUGGUGUCAUAUGCAGCCAUGUCUUGAGGGAGAGGAAUGUAAAGUUCUCCCGGAUCGGAAAGGAUGGAGCUGUUCCUCUGGGAAUAAAGUGAAAACAACUAGGGUAACCCAUUAACAAAGAAUAAACCACGUGAUCCUCAAGGCUGAUCACAUUGGACAUAUGUAUAGAGACAACUUCUGAGGUGGUGUUGAAGGAAGAUUUUUAUACUGCUCAGAAGGCACUCCAGACUCUUAUUUCCAUGGGAUCGUAUGGCUCGUAAUCAG